UGUGUGUGUGUGAGCAUGAGCAUGUUGUCUUUGCCUAAUGUUGUGCAGAGUUAUUCAGCCGCUCUUGCCUUGGCACUGUGAGAUUAGUCUGCAGCCGCCACUAGUUUGCCCUUGUUUUGACAAGAAAUCCAUCCUGUGCAAGAGCUAGAGUCUCUGCAUCGACCAUCUCUGCCCCGUGUUCCACCGAGUCAGGCAGCUUUUAAAAGAGAGGGGGACAAAAUGAAUGGAAGUGUGGACGAGAACUACGAGGAGCAGGCUCUUCAUGAAGGCUCCUUCAUGUUUACUUCAGAGUCUGUGGGAGAGGGACAUCCUGAUAAGAUUUGUGAUCAGAUCAGUGAUGCAGUGCUGGAUGCUCACCUGAGACAAGACCCCGAUGCCAAAGUGGCCUGUGAGACGGUGUGUAAGACGGGCAUGGUGCUGCUCUGCGGUGAGAUCACAUCCACGGCUAACGUGGACUACCAGAAGGUGGUGAGAGACACCAUCAGAUACAUCGGCUAUGACAACUCAAGCAAAGGUUUUGAUUAUAAGACCUGUAAUGUGCUGGUGGCCCUGGAGCAGCAGUCUCCUGAUAUUGCACAGGGAGUUCACGUGGACCGUCUGGAGAGUGACAUUGGAGCUGGAGACCAGGGUCUGAUGUUUGGAUACGCCACAGAUGAGACAGAGGAGUGCAUGCCUCUCACCAUAGUCCUCGCUCACAAACUCAACGCUAAGAUCGCCGAGCUGAGACGAAACGGGACAGUGCCCUGGCUCCGGCCAGACUCCAAGACACAGGUGACUGUUCACUACGUGCAGGAAAACGGCGCCGUGAUCCCCAAGAGGGUCCACACGGUGGUGAUCUCGGCGCAGCACGAUGACAACGUGAGCCUGGAGGAGCAGAAGAAGGUCCUGAAAGAGAAGGUCAUCAAAGCUGUGAUCCCAGCGCGGUACCUGGACGAGGACACCGUCUAUCACCUGCAGCCCAGUGGGCGCUUUGUGAUCGGCGGACCUCAAGGUGAUGCUGGAGUGACGGGCAGGAAGAUCGUCGUUGACACGUAUGGGGGCUGGGGGGCCCAUGGCGGCGGGGCCUUCUCCGGGAAGGACUACACCAAGGUUGAUCGCUCGGCCGCUUAUGCUGCCCGUUGGGUGGCAAAGUCCCUGGUAAAGGCCAAUCUGUGCAGGAGGGUUCUGGUGCAGGUGUCAUACGCCAUUGGAGUCGCUCAUCCUCUGUCCAUCUCCCUGUUCACCUUCGGCUCCUCGCAGAAGAGCGAGAAGGAGCUGCUGCAGAUUGUCAAUAAAAACUUUGACCUCAGACCCGGCGUCAUCGUCAGGGACCUGAACAUGAAGAGACCAAUCUACCAGAAGACGGCGUGCUACGGACACUUUGGCAGGAAGGAGUUUCCCUGGGAGAUCCCAAAGAACCUCAACUUCUAG